UCUCACCUGAUGGACCAAAGGUGAGCACUCAGAAAGGCUGCCCAGUGUCCUGCUGGUGGCCACAGGAGCUGGGCAGAGCUCCUUGUGUUUGUCACCUCGAUGGCUUCUCUGGAGUUUGACCCCCGCGUUCAGGACCACCCACCCACCCAUCCGAAAAGCACAAGGAUUUUCCCAGGCCUGUCCCACUUCCAAUUGUUCAUCCUUAUUCCUCUCUGGUCUGGGGAGAGCCCAGCUCAGCCCAGCUGAGAAGAUCUCAGUGCCUUUCUGUCCCAAGCAAGAAGCCUGUGUCUGCAUCCCUGAGCAUCCCUGCCUCUGCCAGCAGUUCUGUUGGGAUCCAGCUUUCCUGUUCUGCUCCUCUGCUGUGCAGAAGGAGCACUUUUUCACACCUCCUGCCUGAAUUUCAAUAUUGUCACCUGGCAACAAAACCUCAGUGGGUAACAUCUGUCACCCUUUCUGUGCUGUCUGCUGGCAAGCACACACCCACGCCUGGGGGGGAUGGCAGCCAGCAGAGCAUCACAUGACCCAUUUCAGACCCAUUUCACCCCAAAACCAGCACCAUCCACACUCGUGGUGCCUGAGGACUAACACAGGCUCCCAGACAGCAAUGAAAGGUGGCCCCUUGGUGUCCUGUCAUUCUGCUCUCAGAUUCUGACACAGAUCUGACCGCUGCUGAUCUCGGGAGUCCUGAGAUGAAGCGUGGCUCAUCCCACACAAAGCCACAGCUCCUGUUCUGUGUAAAGGAGUGAAAAAUCAGUGGGAGAAGAGAUGAGGAAGGAGGGAGAAGCCCUGUGGAGCAGACACCCCUCGCUGCUCCUGCAGGUGUCUCUGCAGAAGCACCAGAAAGCAACCAUUCCUGGAACUGCCACCACAGUGACCUCACCAGAAAAAAACAGGAAUAAACACCAGGAUCAAGGUGGACUCGGGUAUCUGUCUCCUCCAAGCAACUGGAUCCUCCUCUCUGGCUCUUCAGGCUUGGAUCCACGCUGUGUGUGUGAGAAAGGCAGGGACUGACCCCUUGGGAAGGGAUGGGAUGGAGAGCUCAGUGGUGGGGUGGAGAGGAGAGCAGGAUCCACCCCAGGCUCCUCAGCUUUGGAAUCCUGGGGUCUUUGAAGCAGGUUUCCCCAUGCUUGGAUGGUCCUGCUUGUCUCCUGCUGAGCAGGUGUGGGUGGAGAGCUGGAUGAAUAAGGGAUGGAUGCUAUGAAUAAUGCUGGGAGAAAUGUGCCUGUAAAACAGUUGGGAUGGGGCUCAUGGGAGGCACCACGCCACCAGGCAGAGCUUCCCAGGACUGGACCAUGGGACGUGUGACCCUUGUCCCUGCCCAGCCCUGUGCUGCCCUUGCAGGGCCGGGUGCCAGGCUGGAGUGGAGCUGUUUCUAGCAGUGUCCCAGGAGCUGCACUACAUCUCUGGGAAGCCAGAUGUCUGGACACUGGAAAGCACACAAUGGAGCUGGGCCUUUCUCCUUUUCGUCCGGAUAUUUACACCUGUUUCUUCCAAGUGUGACUUCUGGCUUUUAAGCAAAGCAUCUCCCAGCUCAUGCCCUCAGAGGGGACCACUGCUGUCUCCUUGCACACUGCGAAAGCUUCGCUCUGUUAGCAGAAGAGCAGCAAAGCCUCGGGAGAAACCAUCUGGACACAGCAUUUCACUUCAUUUCAUUCCCCAUUUCAUCUCCUGGACCUUUGUCUGGGGCUCCUGCCCAUCCUUCCCCAAGCAGAGGCAGGUGUUUUGCUUGCUGUGCCUGCAGCAGUUGGGAAAGAGGCAGCAGUGGAGCCGGGCAGGUUGGACUGGUUUCCCUCCGCGCCCGGCGCUGGCACUGACGUACAACCCCGCUCACCAAACAGCUUCUGUCCCGUCUGUCCCUGGGGACCUGACUUUGCUCGGCACCCUGGAGGAUGGCUGUGCCGGAGCUCUGAUCCCAGCACAGCCCUGCAGCGGCCCAUGGACGGCAAAACCUCUCCGGCCACGGCGUCACCCAGCAGUAUCCCUCCCAGCCUCCAUGCCUCCACGGCCAGCAGCAUCUUUGGUAUCCGACCUCCCCAGCCUCAAGAAAACGUCCUCGGCGUCAGCUUCAAGCCCUACAGCCCGGAUUCCAGCCCAGCCUCGGCUGCCUGCACGACCUGUGAGAGCACACGAUCCUCCAUGUUCAAAGCUCCCUGCAUGAGCCAGCGGCGGCUUGCGCUCAUCUUCUGCGUCUCUGUCCUCAUCGUGCUGCUCGUCGCCCUCAUCCUGCUGUUUAUGUUCUGGAGGUCACAGACUGGCAUCGUGUACAAGGAGCCUGCUGAGAGCUGCAAGGACAGCCCCGUGCGCUGCGACGGCAUCGUCGACUGCUCCCUGAGGAGUGACGAGCUGGGCUGUGUGCGCUUCACGUCCAACGAGUCCCUGCUGCACGUCUUCUCCAGCACCGAGAGCCAGUGGCUGCCCGUCUGCAGCAGUGCCUGGGAUGAUAACUUCUCCAGGAAGACCUGCAGGCAGCUGGGGUUCCAGAAUGCAUCACAGACUGAGUACGUUCCCUUGCGCUUCCCGGGCAAGAGCCUCACCGUGAUUGAGGAGCGAGACACCAUCCAGCAGAGCCUCAACAGCUCACUGUGUCUCACAGGAAAAUACGUCUCCCUCCGAUGCACCAGCUGUGGGCAGCGGAUUUCUGGCCGGAUCAUUGGAGGGAAGGAAACCUCAGUGAGCAAAUGGCCCUGGCAAGUCAGCGUGCAGUACGGGCCCAUCCACAUCUGCGGCGGCACCAUCAUCGAUGCUCAGUGGGUCCUCACGGCAGCUCACUGCUUCUUCAUGAACAGCAUGAAGAUCCUCGAUGAUUGGAAGGUGUACAGUGGGGUCUCGGAUCUGAAGCAGCCCAUGGAGGGUGUCGCCGUCUCCCAAGUCAUCAUCAACUCCAACUACAGUGAUGAUCACGAUGACUAUGACAUUGCUCUCAUGAAGCUCUCCAGGCCACUGACACUCUCAGCCCAGGUUCGCCCAGCCUGCCUCCCCAUGCACGGCCAGCGAUUCCAGACCGGCAGGUCCUGCUUCAUCACUGGCUUUGGGAAGACCCGGGAGAACGAAGAUAACACAUCCCCAAAGCUGCGGGAGGCUGAGGUAAAGCUGAUUGACUACAAGAUCUGCAACAGUGACAAGGUGUACGAGGGCUACCUCACCCCACGGAUGAUGUGUGCUGGGUACCUGCAGGGAGGGAAGGAUGCAUGCCAGGGUGACAGCGGAGGGCCCUUGGUCUGCGAGGACAACGGCCGCUGGUAUGUGGCUGGGGUGACGAGCUGGGGGACAGGAUGUGGCCAGAGGAACAAGCCCGGCGUUUACACACGUGUGACAAAGCUCCUCAGCUGGAUAUACAGCAAGAUGGAGAGUGAGAAUGACUAAAGCUGGGAUGGACACUUGCCUGGGCCAGCACGGCCCCCGCUCUGUGUUGCUGCCAGGGCAGGAUGCUACCAGCGGAUCCCCCCACCCAUCUCUGGACUGUACGUGCAGGCAGGGACCUGCUGCCGACCCCCUCUGACAAUACAGCACCUCCAAAGUGACUCUGACCUCGCCCAGCACCAGGGAGGUGGUGGCCGGGCAGAACCCCCAAGGGACAGCAGCCUGUGCCGGCUGGCCGGCGCCCCUCGCCCUCUCUGUGGUUCCUCCUGUAAAUAGAGGUGUGAGGACGGGUGUUGCGAGUGCUUCCUGGCAGGGCUGCGGCACGACGGGCUGCUUGGCACCUCCCCAACCUGGGGGGGAUGUCAUGGAUGGCAGUGAGGAGCAGGGCACUGCCCCGUGGUGUACUGCUGCUGGGUCAUGGCUGUGCUGCCCUGGGCUGAGUGCCACGCCGUGCCAGCCACAGCACCUCCUGCACCUGGGUGCCAACCUCUCUGAUUUCUGCAGGGAGAGCUGAGCAAAGCCAGGUGAGGGUACAGCCCCCUCGGGGAGGAGCGGUGGUUGCUCUGGUGGUUGCAGGCACAUUUAGGAAGCGCCUCGUCGAGGAUGUUCCAUCCCACAAGAGAAAUUCCUGGUGUAUUUUUUCAUGCCAUGGCUCCAGCCUGAGCAAGCACUCCCUCCCAGGACUGUGUGCUGCUCAUCUCAGACCUCCUCCCUGCCCUGGUGAGGAUUUGGGCAGCGGCGUGGGCCCUGUCUGUGCUCCAGGGGUGGCUGAGGGAGGUGUGACAGAAGCCAGCAGCAGCCAAAAGCCACGGCAGAGCAGCGUGAUGGAGAGCAGCCAGCCCUCCCGGCAGCGCCAGCCCCUGGAUCUCACAGCUCUUUGUGCAGUGACCAUGCUGGAUCUCUUCCUCCUCUCUCGGCUCUGGGCAGGCAGGGAUGUUGUAGCUAGCCUCACCUCGAUGCCAGAGGAGGGGAACAGGGAAACAAGUGCCUGGAUCUCCCUGAGGAUGCUCUGAGGUGCUCGGGGAGAUCCCCACCUUGGCCAUGGCAGUGCCUAUCGGGGCUGGCUGCCCUUGGCCCAGGCUGUGCUCCUCUCCUAAGCUGUGUGCUCAG